UCCUCGAAUCCUUUACAAUUGCACGUAACAGCAUAAUACUGGUAGUUGACAUUAACAAAUCGCAAGCAACGGGUACUCCUCAUCUAUACAACAUGCCAUCAACCGCAGCGCGGAACGAAGGACCAUUUCGGGACAAUACAGACAACGACAACACCUCUUUUUACGACUAUCCACCUCCGAGCCCCCAGAUUGAAAAUCCGUUCGGGGAUGUCGCGGCCAUUGACGACACAGCUUCUACUCACGAAGUAUUUGGAAGGAGAUCCACCGCGGCAGCUGAACCUCGGACAGUAAAUGGCCUGCCAGGAAAACCAGAGCCGGCCCAUGAAGGCGGCAAUGCUACUAAAAACGCUCGACCUCUGUCAAACCACAACCGAUGGUCGAGGGCAAGCCGACAAAGCCAAAACUCCAAUGGAUCAGACCCAAGCUACACUGAUUCAUCAAGACGGCGGUCUAAACUGGCAAUCCAAACUCUUUCCAAGCAGUUUCUCACGAAACUGAAGCCAGUCAGGACUAAUGACAGCGAAACCGGAGGCCAGCUGUCGAAUGACCUGGCUCAAAGCAACGGACGUGUCAUGGGAGUGCCACUCGGCGUCAGCAUCCAGUACGCGCAUGUCGAGCUUGAUUUGGAAGACGGAAUGGGCGCAUCUCUGUCCGAUGGGCGUAUUCCGGUCGUCGUCGGCAGCUGCGGAGAGUUUCUCAAAAAGACAGAAUUUUAUGCCUUCUCACUUGUUGAUCCGAAAAAGAACUUCCUUGCGUCGAAUCCUCUCCUGGAACAGCUUGAGCAGGAAUUCGACAGCCCAGACAGAGGCUACGGUCUUCAACUAAAGUGGGAGCAUCAGAAAAAUGCCGAUCACCAAGCCUCCUACAUACUCCUACGCUAUCUCCUGACGCUACCCGACACAGUUAUCCCCUCCUCCUCUUGUCCGGCAUUUCGCGAGGCAUAUCUCCACCACUCUGGGCACUCUGGGAGCACCAAAGGCCAGGAUUUCGACACCGACGGCCUGUUCCAAGCUUACUACACGCUUCUCGACAGGCUACCGCAGCCGAACAGGAAUCUUCUGUUGUACAUGCUAGAUCUCUUUGCGGCUGCGAUCUCGAGGCAUGGCACAACUAUGCUCAAAAAAGUUGUAAAAAUUUUCCGCAAUACGAUCAUUCGGAGUCCUAGAUCUCUUCGCAGUUCGAACGAGAAGGCACUAAAUGAUGCUAUUCUCAUCUUCUUGAUUCGUUAUCAACAAAAGUUUGUCGAGAAGCGCCGGCAAUCUCAUCGGGGGCGUUAUUCUACCCAAUAAACAAGAGAGCACUGAAGCGGCAAUGGGAAUUGGCUACAAAAUGGAAAGGGAUGGAGUUUUUGAUAGCGGGAAGCGAUGGAGUUAGUCAGGAGGUUUAACUAUACCAAAAUUUCAGAGCAAACGAAAGCAUUCUUCC